AUGAAGAACGACCUGACCCCCGAGCUGGUCAGGAGGAGACGAAAUGCUUGGGGAGCGUAUACGAGCAUCGAGGAUGUAGUGAAGAGGACCAGCAACACCUGGCUCCGUGCUCACCUCUUCAACACCAUCGUUCUCCCUACUUUGACCUACGCCUCAGAAACGUGGGCGUUUCGCAAGCAGGAGAAAAAUGCGAUUAGCGUCAAAGAACGCGGAAUUGAAAGAGUGACGCUAGGAGUAACUCACUUUACGGAAGUGAGAAAAGGGAUUCGAAGUUCACUCUUACGUCUCCGAUCGAAGAUCAGAGACGCUGCCGCAUAUGCGAAAGGAAGCAAAAUUAGGUGGGCCGGAGACGUGAUGCGUUUCAACGACAACCGUUGGACCAGAGCCGUAAGCAACUGGAUACCACACGACAUCAAACGCACUGCAGGAAGACCGGCGACUCGAUGGUCAGACCUCUCCACGAAGUCCUUGAAAGAAAAGCACGACGCUCUUCGAGUUCCUCGCGAGAAGAGAUGCCACUGGGCAACACUUGCGAGCGAUCGGGACAAAUGGAAGUAUUACUGGUGCCUGCUCAAGCAAAUGGAUGAACAACGGUAG